ACCCGGGGGAAACCUUGCGGCAGCAGGAGAACAAGUGGACUGAUCUCUCCCUGACUGGUUUAGCGGAAACCUUCUCCGCUAACUAAAUUGUCAGGAUGGCUCUGUAUGAUAAUAAACUAUGGUUACUCUCACACAUACAUAAUUCCUUUAUAUCAAGUGAUGACUCCGGGGUGUGUGAACUUGUUCUUGGCUCAGAUAAUUUUAAAGAUGAACUUCGAGUCGUCGCACUUAAUCAGGGUUUGCCCAGUUUUACUGAUUGUAUAAGCGAUGAAGAAGAUGAGGAUGUGGACGGAUUCAGGCGUUCUCCGGAUUUCCGUGGAGGCUUACAGUGGCUCAAGGAUUCAUCGCCCCUUUAUAAAAAGGGAGAUAAACCAGUAGCGGUGAAAGUUGCACCGGAGAAACCUAAAACUAUUGUCUGGAAACCGGGAAACCCGGAUCCAGAAGAGAUGGCGGAAUUGUUUCCUAGAAAAAUAUUAAAUAAAGUGAACCCACCACAGGUCUCUCUUCUCACAGAACAGCUGAACAGUCUAGCUGUAGGAGACUGCAACCCUUGGAUAGAGUUCGGCAGGUUUGAUGGCUCCGGAAUUCCCGAUGAAAAGUUUGUCAGGAAGAUCUCAAUAUAUUUUCCUAUGACACUGGACGAUCUUUCAAUGAAACCGAUCCUAGUGAUGUGCCGAGGAGAUGCUAGAGUUCAUGAGCUAAUUGGUUUAUCUUGUUAUAAAUACACCCUGGAGAACAGGGAACCUAGAUUAGCUCCUCCUGUAGAGAACUACAGUCUGUUUAUGUGUGAGGAGGACGGUAGCGUGGAUUGGGAUUUCCCAUCCUUAGAUUCCUCCGACCUACUCAGUAAAUACGGUUUUACCGUUCUUGCAGUAGUUGAGAGAUCUAAACCAGAGCAAAGUGCAAUCUGUGUUACCCUUCACCUACCUGAUGGCACCUUCUCCCAAAUUGAAGUUCAGAAACGUGAUAUAACAUUAGGAGAGAUCCUGGAGAAAGGUUUAGAGAGAAGGAAACGAUUAACAAAUGUGAAAUAUAAUUUUGAAUACCAUCUCGAAGCUGUUGAUGAACCAGGAAUAACUUUGGAUCCUUCAGUUACUCUUAGUGCAAACGGUGCCGAAGAAUUCUAUAUAGUUCGAAAUAACAGCAAGCGCGUUGCAGGGGCUCGUGACGCACAGAGCAUAGAAAUAUGUUACCUUGAAGCUCUUCUUUUUCAAUCCUUCAACGUCGAGAUAUUCACGAAGGUCAGGACCAAGGUGGACGUCCAUCUUGGUAUAUCCGAGGAGAAGGUGGAGAUAGAUCCCCGCCAGCAAACCAGUUCUGCAAAAUUCUGGUCUAAACAGAAAGCUGUUUCCUACGCUCUAGAUCUAGUUGUCAGCUGUGAGAUUCUAGAAUCAAAAACAAAAGGAGACAGAGAUUUAUUUAGGAUGGUUUACUUGUCAGAGAGUGGAUGGGGACAGAGAGAUUUCGAGGCGGACUCUGAAACUGCCGGAGCUGUAGUUCAGAAACUGAACUAUCUCUUGGAUCUCAGGCAGUCAAAUGCUAGAAAGCAGAGAAAAGAAUACUUGAUAAAUAAAGAGAAGAAAAAACUUAAACCAAAAUCCACCUCAAAAUAGUAUGUGAUUGUGUGUGUGUGUGGAGGGGGUUUAGUAACCUUGCAUAUUGAUCAACGGGUUUUUUAGGCUUUAUUCCUGAUACUUUCUCAG